CCUGGCUUGGUAGAGUUAUCUUUAGCCUAUUGCCCGCUUUUACAUAGUAUGUGAAGUUGUCGUCUUCCCUUCUCGAGGCUUCCGCCUGCAUUUGUUGCGUCUUUUGAAAUACAUUGCUUUCGUUCAUGUGCCUACCAUAGGUUACUUGCUUCUUACCACUUUUCUUUCGUUUCGUUUCUUCAGUCUUUAUCGUGUUGAUCAUGUUUUUCCGAAAUUUUGCUCUGCUGGGUCUUGCGCCGAUUGUAUUGGCCAAGGUCCAGUUUUUGGGAGUCGCAAUUGCAGGAGGUGAUUUUGGGUGCCAGAUCGAUGGCACCUGUCCCACGUCUUCGGUGCAAUUCGCCAGUGAUGGCGGGGCUCAAAUGAAGCACUUCGUCGAAGAUGACGGAUUGAACCUGAUGAGAAUUCCUACGUCAUGGCAGUUCCUCGUCAACAACCAGCUUGGCGCCGACCUUGACAGCACCAACCUGGGUCAAUACGACGACCUCAUGCAAGCUUGCCUGGACACUGGUGCAUACUGCAUGAUCGACAUUCACAACUUUGCGCGCUGGGACGGUGAGAUCAUCGGCCAAGGCGGACCUACAGAUGACCAAUUCGUCGGGCUUUGGACCCAGCUAGCCACCAAGUACGCCGCGAACGAGAAAGUCGUCUUCGAGCUGAUGAACGAGCCCCAUGACCUCGACAUCCAGGUAUGGGCUGCAACUUGCCAGAAGGUUGUCACCGCGAUUCGGAAUGCCGGCGCCAGCUCUCAGAUGAUCCUGCUUCCGGGGACCAACUUCGACAGUGCGGCCACCUUGGUUUCAAGUGGCUCAGCGGCGGCUCUGAUGGCGAUUCAGAAUCCCGAUGGCAGUACCGACAAUCUGGUCCUGGAUAUCCACAAGUAUCUCGACGAGGACAACUCAGGAACCCACGAGACUUGUGUCACCGAUAACGUGGAUGCCUUCACGACACUUGCCACUUUCCUGCGUGAAAAUGGGAGGCAAGGCUUGAUCAGCGAAAGCGGCGCCUCUAGCGAUUCAACCUGCUUCACCAACUUCUGUGCCCAAAACGCCUUCAUCAACGAGAACUCGGACGUCUUCCUCGGCUUCGUCGGCUGGGCAGCAGGGAGCUUCGAUACUUCCUACGUACUGAGCCUGACACCGUCCCAAGAGAAUGGCAAGUACGUCGACAACGAACUCAUGACGCAGUGUGUCAUCGCACCGUGGACCAACUCGAACGAGACCGUGGCGACCCCUUCAUCGACCCCUUCAUCAGCCCCUUCAUCAGCUCCUUCAUCAGCUCCUUCAUCAGCCCCUCCAUCAGCCCCUCCAUCCGUUCCUUCAUCGACGGCCAAGUCUUCAAGAACGGCUUCAUCCACGACGGCCGUGCUCGUCAUUGCUACCACCACUGGCUCGGGUGAGGAGAUCUUGGAUACCACCAUGGUGCUGUCCCUUGCACUACCUGCCACAUUGUCGACGUCGCUACUCAGCGCCCCCAGGAAAACCGACAUUCCAGUUCUGGGAGGAAAUGGUACUCUGGUCGUGACGCAGUCGGCCGUCCCGACGAGGAGUACGUUGCUCGUAGCGCCGUCGAAUAUGGCGUUGAACUGGACCGCUGGGCUUGCCCCGACCUCUAGCUCUGCUUCUACUGCUACUUCUACUCCUGCCCCCAUUGCGGCGAGUGGAGCAGCCGCCUCGACGGUGGCGCUCGGCAGACUGCUGUUUUGUGGGGUUAUUAUUGCAGUCUUCAUGUAGAACCUUUUUGAGAAUUCCAAGUUACGACGAGAAUGCAUCUCAUGAGUUCUCUGUCGACCUGAGUUUCUUUUCGAUUUGACUGUCGCGAGUGAAUGCUGGUAGUCUGAUUGGGCGGCCUCACCUGCAGUCCCACACCCUCGGGCGGGAGCUGUCAGUAGACCAGACGUUACCGAAGUGAAAUGCAGUAUUCGACGUAGAUGACCCUGAGAGG